UUAAGGCCGGCCCUAAUUGGAGAUCCUUUAUGUAGCGACAGGUUGAUCUGGCCAGAGACAAAAAAUGGGCAGUACUCAAUGAAGACCGGAUACCACAAGGAGCAAGCCCGUAUCAGCCCCUGGUGUAUCUCGAGUCGAGUUUGGAAGGUCAUCUAGAAGCUUAAAACGCCAGCAAAGAUCCGAACUUUUAUGUGGAAAAGCUUACACCGGGCUUUUCCGACGAUGGAUGAAUUGUUCAAAAGGUGUUCUGCUCCCAAUUCGACUUGCCCAAUUUGUCACAAUCAGGAUGAAUCGAUCGAACACUUACUGUUAUUAUGCCAAAGGGUGGAACCUGUCUGGUUUGGGGGAAUUCUUAACCUUAAAAUUGACAGAGAUACGGUUUCGAGUUGGGUGGAGUGGGUUCUCUCUUUUUCAAUGGAGCAUGGCAGUCCUAAUUAUGACAAAAUGGCCCUCCUUUCGUAUGUUGCCUUUUCAUGUUGGCACAUUUGGGAAGCGAGAUGCAAUUUUUUGUACAAUAACUGUCAAAUCAAUCCCACACAAGUUUUAUGUGCUAUCUCCAAUUCGGCCAGAGCUUUUUUCGAAGUUGUGAGAAGGAACCCGAAUCCCUCAGAUCAAGGUACGGUGGCUAUUCGUGAGCCCAUGUGGUUUACUCCUCCCACGAUGUUCACAAAAAUUAACAUUGAUGCCAGCUGGUCUGCGCCGGCGUGCUCGGGUUUUGUGGGAGUUGUUCUUCAGGAUGCCGAUGGGUUUUUUGUUGCGGCAACCAGGCAUGCUAUCAGGGCUCCGAGUGUGGGUGCAGCGGAAAUGAUGGCUAUCCUAAAAGGUUGUGAGUUUGGAUUAGCUCUGGGGCUUCAAAAGGUACUUGUGGAGUCAGAUUCCUUUGAUUCUGUUUGCUCUCUUUCGGAGUCUCUCGAGAUGGGUGGAUGGGAGGCCUUCCCUUCCCUUGCGAAAGCCAAAAGGUUAGGGGAGUCUUUCCAGGACUGUCGUUGGUCUUGGAUCCCAAGCUCAGCCAACAUGACGACAGACUCGUUGGCGUCGCAACAAUAUACGGAGAUGUGAGAUAUUUCUUGGGUCAACAGACCCCAUCUUCACUGGUUUUUGUGCUUCAAAAUGAAGGGUUGCCCUGCCCUCCUUAAUGUAAUAGGAGCUGUGAAGGGGGCAACGCGAUAGCCUGACUAGGGUGUCUUCCUUGUAACUCUCUCUGCUGUCC